GCCUUUGCCAAACAACUGUCACAUGGAACGGCAGCAGCUUUUAUUAACAUGAUGAUGAUAAUAUCAAUCCUUGGCAAAAUCUUCGCAUAGAUUUCGCGUUACUGAUUCUCUGUACACUUCAUACUGCACAUGAGCACUGAUGGACGAAGAGGAAGCUGAACUUCGUAAUCCCUUUCCCUCACCGCCAUCUCAUUACAACAACUAUACAUCGCAUAACCUGAAGCUACUUGCUUUACUCAAGGAACGAGUCGGGGAUCAAAAUGCUGAUCUUGGGAUAGUAGACCAGCAUGAAUUACUCUCAGAUCAAACCAACGUACCUACAUGGUCGCUGGCCCAGCUUGAGAAACCACGAGUAGACUGGGUCCUUGAAGAAGGCCACUAUAGCGUGUUCGGGGAUACGUGGUUUGUGAAAGAGACCAUCCCGUCUCUAGCUGACCUUGGGGGACAUGAGCUCUACCCUCCUGACCCAAGUACAGAUCGACGGCCUGCGCUUCUUGCUGUCCUGAGGUCAAUACUGGUUACGUACUCCAAUUUGACAGAUGCAAUUCUUGCACCACCACCACCACCUUCAUCCUUAGCACAGCCAGAAUGGCAACGUCAGCUUGGUUGGAUCACGACACUUGCACAGAAUCUUAUGGCAGCCGCAAAUGAUCUACGACCCGUUCAGGCUAGAGGAAAUCUUGAACUCAUGAUGCAACGACAGCUGGAGCUGAGGCGCGAGGAAACGAAGAACAUUCACUCGCAAUGUGAUAUUAUCGAGGCUCGGCUGUUGGAGCUACGUUCUUCGGCUCAGGAAAUGGCGGGUUCAGACCAGAAGUUGAUUGCGAAACCCAGCGAUUCUCAGACAUCUACGAUCAAUGUGUCCCUCGAAGAUAUGUUGCGUUGGGCAGAAGAGGUCCCAUAAAAUUCGCAGGUUCUCUUCCGGCGUGGUCGUGACACUUGCUUAUGCUUAUGUUGAGCGUCGUUCUGUUGUGUGUAUGGCCCACUAAACCACAUGACGUGCGCUGGGGUAGCGAAUGGGCCGGGUGGUGGUCGUAUUCUGACGUUCAUUGUUUUGUCCCUUGUUCACCAUUACAAGUCUUGAUACAGGCCGUGUGCAAUCCCACUUCUGCGCUACAUCCCCUAGACCAUGACGUGAUCCUUGUUAUGCCACUCACUCAAGGCAGCGGAAGACUUCGUCCGCUUUAUUCGAACCUUACAAACCCAUGCGUAUGGUGGUGAUGGUUCUAUUUGCUAUGUUGCAG